CAUUAAGUUUAACGCCAAAAAAAAAAAGAGAGAGAGAGAACAAUUUCCACUUUAUGAUGUUCGCACCCCCAACAAAAUUUAAUGAUUUCCCCCAGAAAAUAUAAAUCCAACCAACCUCACCAUAAAAUCUCCAUUCUCUCUCUCUCUCUCUCUCUCUCUCUGUGUUUUGGGUUUAUGCUCUGGUGGGUUUUGCUGCGAUUUUCUUGUUGUCUUCUAUUUGAUUGAUUUAACGGAGAGAGGGACAGAGAGGAGGAGCUGUUCUUCUGUUCCGUUCAUGUUAUGGGUUGUUUCGGGUGCUCUGGAAAAUCAGUGAAGGAGACCGAGGAGGAGAAGUGGAAGGAUCAGUUAAAUCAGAGCAGAAGAAAUGUGGAGGAUCAACCCCCCACUUUAGAUUUGGUGAAACCCAAACCUAGCGAAAGUGUGAAAGAAUCAGAUGCUAAGCGUGAAGAGGCCGCCGAAGAUAAGAACCAGUUAAACCCGGAUAUGAAUGAUUUGAACUUGAGGGAUAUUUGCAAGGGAGGGAAAAGUAAUGGAACUUGUGCGCAGACAUUUACCUUUGAUGAGCUUGAAGCUGCAAUAGGCAAUUUCAGGAAAGAUUGCUUUUUGGGUGAAGGAGGCUUCGGAAAGGUUUACAGGGGACACUUGAAGAGAACUAACCAGGAAGUAGCAAUCAAGCAACUCGAUCGAAAUGGGCUUCAAGGUACAAAGGAGUUCAUCGUAGAAGUAACCAUGCUAAGCCUUGCUAAUCACCCUAACCUGGUCAAACUGAUCGGUUUUUGCGCCGAGAGAGAUCAGAGGCUGUUGGUUUAUGAGUACAUGCCACUGGGUUCUCUGGAAGCCCAUCUUCACGAUCUACCACCCAGAAGAAAAGGGCUCGAUUGGAACACGAGGAUGAAAAUAGCCGCUGGAGCAGCACAAGGGCUCGAGUACUUGCAUGAAAAGUUGAACCCUCCGAUCAUAUACCGAGAUUUGAAGUGCUCGAACAUAUUGCUUGGUGACGGGUAUCAUCCAAAGCUGUCUGAUUUUGGACUAGCGAAAGUGGGACCCAGCGGAGACAGGACCCAUGUUUCCACUCGGGUUAUGGGCACCUACGGUUACUGCGCCCCUGAUUACGCGAUGACUGGGCAGUUGACUUUCAAGUCAGAUAUCUACAGCUUUGGCGUUGUCCUCUUGGAGCUCAUAACUGGGAGAAAAGCCUUUGAUCCUGUGAAGGAUCCCAAGGAGCAAAACCUUGUAGCUUGGGCACGACCGCUUUUCAAGGAUAGAAGGAAGUUCUGGAUGAUGGCAGAUCCGUCCCUUGAGGGUAAGUAUCCCGUGAGAGGAUUAUACCAAGCCCUUGCAAUAGCAGCGAUGUGUGUUCAAGAACAGCCAAGCAUGCGUCCUGUGAUAGCAGAUGUAGUGACAGCUCUGAACUACCUUGCGUCUCAGAAGUAUGACCCGAGCAUCCAUCCAGUGCAGAGCUCUAAGAGCCGGAGGGCUUCUUCAACCCGAGCAAAGAGUGAGGAGGUGAAGGUUACUACUACAGACGAUGAUUCCGAGAGCAACUGAUCAAUUCUCUGGUGUGUGGAAUUGGUCUUGUCAGACUUCUGGGCUGACUUACUUCAUGGGGCUCACGAGUCCUGAUGGUCGAAAGUUUACUCAAUGAGGAAAGGACGCGCUGGACCUAGGCACGGAGUCUACUAGGUUUAGGUGAUGUGCACAGCAAUGUUACAGAGGAUAGGAGUAUAGAUAAUAGGCAUUCAAGAUUCGGAGAGUAUAUUCCCAGUUUUGCCCUUCUCCUUCGGAUGUACAUGUGAGCUGGGGCUUUUGUCUGUGAAAAUGAAGCUCUAUUCUUCUUGUGGAUAGGCUUCGGCCUUCAACAGGUCCUCGUUCAGCUCUCGCAUCUGAAUCUUUUAUCUCUGGAUCAGCUUGUGAAACGUCGAAAUAAACUCGAGGACCUUAGAAUUGAAUAUGUUCUGUUCUUGUUAUUGAAUUCCGAGUAUAAAGAUGCAAUUGAGUAUC